UAGUUUUGGAAGUAACCGGGAAGAAUGUAUGAAGUGCUGGUGGAUUUUGAUAGUGUUUUAGGAAUGAGGUGGGAUUGUGGAUCACAUUGCAGCAUCUCAAAUAUUGAUAUUGAAUCUUCAGUGUUGUCACAUUGGGAAAAAUAGACUAUUUGGGUUCGGAAGAAUCUGUCCCUUUUUUUGUACAAUAGUUUGAUUGUUUUGGUGGGGUCCAUCCAUGGCAGGUGCCUGUUGGAGGACGGUGGUCAGAUCUUCCCAGAGAGAAUAGUGUUGUACGGGAUGCUGGUGGAGUCUGACACCCUGCUGCUGGAGAGUGCUGUCCAGGGCCAGGAGCCGACACUGGGCUUCAACAUCGCCCCGUUCAUCAACCAGUUCACUGUUCCAGUCCAUGUGUUUCUGGACUUGUCCACUCUGCAGUGUAGACAUCUCAGUGACUCUGUAGAACUCUUUAUCCUGGACCUCAUGAACACCAACGCCAACUAUACCAACAGAGACGUCAAGGUCCAGGCUAGUGCCUCAGGCAGGGUGACUGCUGUGCCCUUCUGGUACCAGAUCCACCUGAAUGAGGAGAUCAGCUUGAGCACCUUCAACCAGGACUCCCAUUGGAAGCAGGCUGCUGUGGUGCUGCACCAGCCCCUGGCAGUGAGGGAGGGAGACUGGGUACGACUGGCCGUCACCCUGCAGAAGAGCUCCAUCUCCAUAUCAGCCAGUAUAGAGGAAGAGGCUGGAGAGACCGGGACUGUGGAUUCUGUUAGAGUCCGAUAAGUAGAUGUCUGGCGGUAUGAACAGUACAAGAAUCAUCUUCAUAAGUGUUUUUAAAGGAGGGAGUUGCAGUGCUUUUGAUUCUACAAGAGCAUCAAGUCCACUCCACUACUGGGAGAGAGGUCAAGGUAUCACUCUGGGUUCUAUAUUAUGAGUGAACUGCAUAUGUCGUGGAGGGGAAGGGAUUGGACUGGAUUCUCCGGAAGCGCCAGCUCUAAAAUGACCCCACAAUAGCUACCAUCUCAAUAUUCCUUCUCUCAGGACUUUCACAAAGACAUUUACAUGUUUUAUGUGCUCAUCUUGAGACGUUUUGGUCUUCAGCGUGUUCAUAAUCUUGUUUUGGAAUGACGUCUCUUGAUUAUGGUUGCAGUCUUCAUUAAAAUGUUUUGCAUCAGCA